GGCAUGUUUGAACCCGUGGUCCAAGAUAGUGAGACCAUCCAUGUUCGUAUUAGAUGGUCCACCAAAUUCUGAAGUACAAGUCGAUAAUGAGUAAUCCACCUCAAGAGAAGGUGGUGGAGGCCGAAAUCACGGCCUUGCAAAAGAAGUUGGCUAUUUAUGAAUGUGAACAGAGGCUUAAUUUUAGGAAGCCUAUGUUAAUGGCCGACUGUGUUCCCGAUGCUGAGUCGCCGAUCAACAAUGAUGGUUCGAGGCACGAGGUGGAAGAAGGAUUCAGUGUUGCUUGCGACAUUGUGAUAGAAAUCAAUCUUGGCGCGAAUGAGGAUCCACAUCUAGCCUUAAUCGGCGCCAACUUGCUGGAUGCUGACAGGUAAAAGUUAAUUGAAUUUAUGAAAGAAGUAGAAGUUUUUAUAUGUGAUUAUCCCGAAAAGUUGCAUGUGCCUAUCGUAGUCAUGUUGUUUAGAAAAUUUAUAGAUUUUAUCUUAGAUUGUCGAAUAAGUGAAGGUCUGAGCUACAUAGACACUAACGGCGUUGCACCAACAAGAUCACGGCCGUUAGAGUAAAGUUGGGACUCGUCG